AUGAGAGCAGCCACCUUGAGCACCCCGUCCCGGUUCACGAUUCUGCGCGAAGACGUACAACCGUCUUACACGGAUCGUGUCCCCUCGGACUGUACCAAUAUUCUCGUCUUAUGGGACUCUACAUGGGAUCAAGAUGAGGAGGAGGUCGCCUACGAUAACAGGAUGGAGAUGCCUUGGCAAGCUGGGAUCCCACUUCACGGCCUCCUGAUCAUGGAGGAUGAGAUCAAAGAUGAACUCACCAUCUUAAUUCAGCAAGAAGACGGUGUCAAAACACGACUGCACGUUUCUCCCAUGAACGAUUACCAUCGGAAGAUUAUGAAAGGCGUGGUAGGGACAAACGAGACGUGGGAUGACAUGCGAGAGAUUGGCCGUUGGGUACUAAAGCGUUGGUUUGAGGACAGGAAUGAAUCUAAUGCUCUGCUGUGCCAGGACGGCUGUGGGGAGUCAAUCAUAGCCCAAACGCGAAAUGCCUUCAUCAAGCUCAAAGAUGCAACCAAAGAUCUCGAGACCAUGACGAGCCAGGACUCAGAGAUGUACUACAGGACACGAUGGCCUGGGAUUUACAUCGCAGAAAACUUCGUAAGCAUCCCCGGCCAUAUCUCGAUAGUCAUGAAGUAUACAGACGCUCCUGGACGCAAGACCUUGAGCUACUUGUGGGACUCUACUUGGGAGAUAUCUCGCACACUUUCCGGUCAAACUGUGAACAUGGCAGACAGGGCCGGCAGUCGCGUACAUGGUGUGCUCCUGAUCGAAGCAGAACUGUCAGAUGUCAUUGAGAUUCUGUACAAGCCGGCCGAUGGUCCUGGAGUUCGGACGCGAGUAAACCCAUUCACCGAGCGAGAUCAAGGCCUCAUGGACCACGUAGCAUCAAAGGGCACCACUCAGCGUCAAGGGCCCCAAGACCUGCACGAUCCUGGAGAAGACAUGAACCCAUCGUCGCAAGCAACCGGCAGCGAGGCCAGUGGAGAUGCUGCCAACGACAGGACUGAGCCUGAAGGAAAAGCUAGGGUGACGAUGAAGAUGCCCGCAGACGCAGCCCAAAGCGAGAGCGACAGCGACGAUGAAGACCGUGUGAACGAAGCGACCUUCCUCUGUUGCCGCCGAGACGGAUCAGGAACGUACUACCUCAUUGUAGACGACACCGAAGUCUACCACAAACGACUGAGGCCGGCUGAAGGAGUAGGCUUCGACAACGAAGCUUUCACCCGCAUGCAUGAAGAUGGACCAGAAAAGCCGUACCAGUCAUUCAAGCUGAGCAGAGAUUCAAGCAUCGAGAUCUCGCCGUUCCCCAAGGGCUGCACCGUUCGCUUUAUCGGAUGCGGGCUGAAGUCAAAGAGAAAGCAGGAGAAUUCAACAAGUCGCGUGACUGUAUAUGACGUCUCCUUCCACGUUAUCUAUACAGAGUCGGAUGAUCUGCCGCAUCGAGACCACGAGGUGGGUGCUGAUGGUGUGUCGGAAGGGAGGAACUACCCACAGUGGCACGACGGGAUUGCGCAGCACAACGAGAGUGUGUUGGAGGAGUUCCUCGAUGAGUUGAAGGCUCUGGUGGUGAACGCUGCCGGCUCGUGGACAGACAAUAGGCCUUGA